AUGGCCAAAUUGCCAGACAACCCAUUCACAGACGCCACUCCUGCUCAGAUCGAUCUCAUUGGCACACUCUCUAUUUCGCUCAUGACGAUCGGCGCCCCGUUCUCCGUUGCUUGGGCCAAGCGUUUCUCUCCUCGCUGGGUUUCUUUCUCCGGUGGUGUCAUAUUUAGCCUUUCGCUGAUUCUAGCCAGCUUUGGCACACGCCUGUGGCACUUCGAGCUAACUCAAGGUCUGCUUCUCGGCGUGGGAACCUGUAUGUCGUACAUGGUCGCCGUCACGGUAACUCCAACAUGGUUCACUGCUCGUCGAGGGCUCGCUAUGGGCAUCGUACUUGCCGGGACCGGUGUUGGUGGUGUCAUCUGGGCUCCUGUCUUGAAGGCAUUAAUCGAUGUUGUAGGAUAUCGUAACUCUCUACGAAUAUCAGGCGUCUUCUCGUUCGUGCUUGUCGCCGCCUCAAGUGCUACGAUGACUUGGGAGGCCCAGGCCCAAAACAGGAUCAACAUCGAGAACGCUACUCGGUCAGGCCGUAUGGAUGGCAUCCUCAAAGUACCUCUAGUAGACUGGCGCGUGGCAAAGUCACGGAAAUUUGCCGCUCAGGGUUUAGGGGCGAUAUUCCAAGCCGCGGCUUAUUACACGCCUGUCUUCUUCUUCGCUUCUUAUGCUGGCACCCUGGGUUAUAGUGCCACGGCCGGUGCCAACUUCAUCGCCUUGAGCAAUGCAUGCAAUGCCAUCGGAAAGAUCGUCAUUGGUUUCUUCGCUGAUAGGAUGGGCCGUCUCAACACGUUGUUCCUUACCACACUCCUGAGCGCUGUAUUUACAAUAGGCUUCUGGCUACCAUCUACCGCCUAUGGUCCGACCGAUAGCUCCCGCAGCCUGUUCAUCGCUUUCACGGUCAUGUAUGGCCUCUUCGCGAGCGCCUAUGUCUCGCUGUUCCCAACCAGUCUCAUUGAAAUUUUUGGCGUCCAGAAUUUUGCGUCCGUCAAUGGUGUGCUGUACAUGGUCCGCGGCUUCGCUACCCUCAUCGGCACGCCGGUGGGUGGUGUUCUCAUCCGUAGCAACACGGCGGUUGUGGGACCUCAGGCGUAUGAGAACAUGUCUCUUCUAGUCAGUGUACUCCUUUUCGCAGCUACUGCUGCCGUGCUUUGGGUUAGGAUAGAGGCCAUGGUUGGGGCUGAUGGGAAGCUAAGGUACGCUUGGAGACUGUGA